GUUUGCUGUUCCCUGUGUUGUGUUGAUUUCUAGAAAGAGAAGGAAAAGAAGACCUGACGUUUGGAUUAACUUUAGCUGCCUUUCAAGAGUUACUGAGUCAGUUUCACUCCCUAAUUCAAAAGUCAAAGAAACUAGAGUCAACCUGUUAAUCAGUCGAUGGGAAAAAUCUGAAAAUGUUUAGCUUUGAAGGAGAUUUCAAAACAAGACCCAAGGUUUCACUUGGAGGAGCAAGUAAAAAGGAGGAGAAAGCAUCCCUGCUGCACCGCACACAAGAAGAAAGAAGAAAAAGAGAAGAUGAAAGAAAAAGACUGAAGAAUGCCAUUAUCAUCCAGUCCUACAUACGUGGCUACCUGGACUUGAAACGACAGUAUGCCACCCAGAGGGCCAGAUUUGACGAAUGUGUCAGCCAAACUCUGGCGGGGCAGCAUAUCUUGGACGGUCCUGGUCUCAGCCUUCUAUCAAGACAACUCAUAUUUUUCUACAGACAGAGCAUGGAUGCACAUAGAUUGAUAUGGUUGUGCCAGAACCUGGUGAAACUCAACAGUCAGUUUGUAAAGCUGCUGGUGGGCCAGCAUAGAGAUACAUGUAUGUUUCAGAUCAAGAGGAUCUUAGGCUUCUGCUGCAGACUGCUACAAAACUGCAGUGAUGAUGGUUUGAAUUUGGCUGUUCCUAUGCGGAUGCUAGAAAUCUUUUCUUCAGAGAAAACGUAUCUUCCUGUUAUUCCCGAUGCUAACUAUGUAGCUUCAUUACUCGAGCAGAUUUUGCACUAUAUGGUACAGAAAGGAUACUACAGGUCGCUUUAUAUUCUAGUGAAUCACAGGCUCCCUUCCAGUCUGGACUAUAGCGACGCUCCCUCUGUCCCCCUAGCAAGCACAUUGUUGGAGCACAUUCUCAAACCUCUGCACUUUACCUACUCCUCCUGCACAACAGGCACAAGGCAGUUUGUAUUUGCAGCCUUUACCGAGGAGUUUAUCUCUGCACCAUUCACCGAGCAGAUCUUUCACUUCUUUAUCCCGGCACUGGCUGAUGUCCGUCUCUCAUUCCCCUUUGAGGCCUUCCUGAGCUCCCUCCAGGACACCAUCAGCUCCUCUUCCUCGCCACAGAGCAAGGCACCAUGGGUGUUUUACUUUGUCCUCUCUGCAGGGGAGAACUGCCUAAGCUCACUAUCAGAGGAGGGUCUCCUGCUGUAUCUUCGGGCUCUGCAGACGCUGCUGCCACUGCUUCCUGUGUCUGAGAGCAGCAGCAGGCCUGAGGUAAACAGCGACUCAGAGGACGAGGACGACACUGGCAUCCAUCCUCCAACCAUGCAGGAUGACAGCAGGAUCUCUGUGCAGCUAAUCACAGAGGAGUGUGUGCACAAGCUCGACACGAAGCAUCAGACCAACGCGCUGCUCAACCUGGUGUGGAGAGAUUCGGCCAGCGAGGAGGUCUUCACUAUGAUGGCAUCCAUCUGUCACACACUCAUGGUGCAGCAUCGCCUCAUGGUGCCAAAAGUCAGGCUCCUGUACAGCCUAGCUUUCAACGCACGUUUCCUGAGGCAUCUCUGGCACCUUAUAACAUCGAUGACAACGAAAAUGAUCACUGGCUCCAUGGUGCCCCUGCUGCAGCUGAUCUCACGAGGGUCUCCAAUGUCAUUCGAGGACUCCAACCGCAUCAUUCCCCUGUUCUAUCUCUUCAGCUCUCUCUUCAGCCACUCCCUAAUCUCUGUGCAUGACAGCGAGUUUUUCGGCCAUGAAAUGGAAGGUCAGACACAGUCCUCCAUGAUGCCCUUCACGCUGUUAGAGCUGGUGACUCUGUCCCGCUGUCUGAGGGAUGCAUGCCUGGGAAUCAUCAAGCUGGCCUACCCCGAAACCAAAACGGAGCACCGUGAGGAGUACAUGGCCGCCUUCCGCAGCGUGGGCGUGAAGACAAACACAGAGGUUCAGCAACGCAUCCAGGCCGAGCAGAAACGCUGGGUACAGCUCUUCAAGGUCAUCACUAACUUGGUGAAGAUGGUGAAAGCUCGCGACAUCAGACGACCCUUCUGUCCAGCAGGUCACUGGCUCUCUGAGGAGGUCAACAUCCGAGCAGAUAAGGUCACACAGUUGUACGUUCCGUCUGCAAGACACGUGUGGAGAACACGAAGAAUGGGCCGCAUUGGGCCACUUCAAUCAACACUUGAUGUUGGUUCUGAGCCCCCACAGCUAUCUGUGUCAGAGGAGAGACACCUGGCCAUCCUCACUGAGCUUCCUUUUGUGGUUCCAUUUGAGGAGCGAGUUAAGAUCUUCCAGAGGUUAAUCUAUGCUGACAAACGGGACGUGCAGGGAGACGGGCCAUUCCCUGACGGCAUCAAUGUCACCAUCAGGCGCAACUACAUCUACGAGGACGCCUACGAUAAACUCUCUCCAGAAAACGAACCAGACCUGAAGAAACGGAUCAGAGUCCACCUACUAAACGCUCACGGCCUGGACGAGGCUGGCAUCGAUGGCGGCGGCAUCUUUCGUGAGUUCUUGAACGAGCUCCUCAAGUCGGGCUUCAAUCCCAACCAGGGCUUUUUCAAGACAACCAACGAGGGUCUGCUGUUUCCUAGCCCUGCUUCAGAGAUGCUGGUCGGAGACUCUUUCACGAGGCAUUACUACUUUUUAGGCAGAAUCCUCGGAAAGGCACUGUAUGAGAACAUGCUGGUAGAGUUGCCCUUUGCCAGUUUCUUCCUGUCCAAACUGUUGGGCACUAGCGCUGAUGUGGACAUCCACCAUCUUGCCUCCCUGGACCCGGAGAUGUACCGCAAUCUUCUCUUCCUCAAGAGCUACGAGGAUGAUGUGGAGGAGCUGGGCCUCAACUUUACAGUGGUCAACAACGAUCUGGGAGAAGCUCAGGUGGUGGAGCUGAAGCCUGGAGGCAAAGACAUUCCUGUGACCACAGCGAACCGCAUCGCUUACAUCCAUUUGGUUGCCGACUACAGAUUGAAUAAGCAGAUCAGACCUCACUGUCUUGCCUUCAGACAGGGCCUGGCCAACGUGGUUAACCUGGAGUGGCUGCGCAUGUUUGACCAGCAGGAGAUACAGGUGCUGAUAUCCGGGGCUCAUGUGCCAAUUUGUCUUGAUGACCUGAAAAAGUUCACAAACUACUCUGGUGGGUACUCGGCUACCCACCCCGUCAUCCAGAUCUUUUGGGAGGUGGUUGAAAGCUUCACAGAGGAGGAGAAGCGCAAACUGCUGAAGUUUGUCACCAGCUGCUCCAGACCUCCUCUCCUGGGCUUCAAGGAGCUUUAUCCAGUUUUCUGCAUCCACAACGGCGGCACCGACCUGGAACGCCUGCCCACGGCCAGCACCUGCAUGAACCUGCUCAAGCUUCCCGAGUUCUGCGACCAGCACCUGAUGAGGAACAAGUUGCUGUACGCCAUUGAGUCAUCUGCCGGCUUCGAGCUGAGCUGAGGAGGGCGAAGGCUUCUCUGUCCCUGCAUCCGAGGACUCGAUGCCACAGAAAAAAAACAGCUUGGAAAAGAAAGACUAGAGAAAUGGUGCACUGACCUGCCUGAUUUUCUGUGUUUGUGUUUAUGCGUGCGUGCGUGCCAAGUUUGAGGGACAAGGUGCAAGGAUGAAGCAGGGUAGGAAGCCUUUUUUAAACCCUUUUAAGUAAUUUAAACGAUGAAGUAAUCACCUUUAGGAUAAAAGAUUUUUACAGGAAAUCUCAUGCACAUGAACGAACAGUUACUUUUCACCAAAGAUAAAGUGGCAUCGUAUAAAAAAGGCAAUAUAACAGACAGACAGGGGCAGACUGUAGGACUCUAAAGCCACCUCGUGGUGUGCCAAGGGCUGCGGAGGUGGAGAAGCUUUUGUGUUUCAUGUAGAGGUCAUCAGAACUUCAGUUUUUGUGAUUUCUCCAAUGAUUAGUAUAGCUAUAAAUAACCGCCGUGUCUGAUAACCAUACCGUAAGUGUGCACACGCCGUCUGAAGUGUGUUAUCGGCUUAGACUGGGGGAAUAGUCUAUUGUUAUGGAUUUGUGAAUAUGUACAUGUUUACAUUUGCUCUUGUAUUAUUCAUUUAUUCAGUAUUUGUACAGGUUUGUUUCUCUUUCCUUUGUGUGAUGAAUGGAGGCCUCGUGUACUCACAUGCUCGCUAAGGUGAACAAUCUCUUCCCUGAUCAGUAACCAUCAAUAACAAGGCUUAAACAUGAUCAGUGUACCAACAGGGUUAAAAAACAGAGUGUAUGGAUAUGAAUAAACCCACUUUUCCUUUUGCA